AUGGCACUGCUACUGGCAUUGCUAUGUGGCUUGACAAUGGCCAACUAUAUGGACUGUGUCAAUGUAAAGGAGGACGGCGCAUGCACCGCCUAUCCAAGGAAUUACAAGAGCUUUAAUCACGAAUCCACCAACAACUUCCAGUAUAACCUUGGAAAGUUCUCCAAGCCAGUACCAACGCCACUCGGUGACAUCUGUGGUCCAUCACAAAAGAAGCAACUACCCAUCUCAUCCAUUCCCAAGCUCAAAGAGAAUGAGAAGAAGGACGAUCAGCAAGAGGUAUUGUUUGGACAUCCACUCACUACAAAGGCCUUUGCCAACUGCUCGACUUCUGUUGACUCGGCCAAGUGUACUGCGUGCUACAAGCUACCGUACAACAUUGAGCAUGGACUGUACACACUUCAGUGGUUCUGGGAAUAUGCCCCACAGGACUACUACAUGACUUGUGCCGACAUCCAGAUCAACAAGAAGGCCACACCCAAGCUCACUCGCGUCCGCCAAGGAUUCCACAACCAACCAUCUGUUGCCUUCUCACCAUCGCUUCAGGCCGACUACGACAGAGAGCAGGCAGCCAUCAAUGAGGAACAACAACAGUUGAACUACGCUCAGCAGAUGUUGUCCGCCGCCAACAUUGACCCAUUGGCCCGCGAUGCCGAGCAGCAGAGAAUCAACAACCGUCGCAAUCAACUCCAGGGCUUCCAGAACCUCGUGAAUGAUAACAGACGGAUGAUUAACAGUGGCUUGGAGCCAACAUAUAUCCCCGACCCCAACCAACCACUGGUGAUGUCCAAGGAGAAGAAGAGUCAGACCAUCAACUCGGAGCGAACAGUGUCUGCUGUGGGCGGAGGCGUUCGCACCCAGACCGACGAGAAGGUGCAUACCGACAGCCAGAAGGAGGCCAUCGAUGGCCAGUCAGCAAAGGUGGCCGACUCUGAGCGCCAUGUUAUGACACAGCAGGAUGCCAACGGCUUCCAGGGUGCGUCGCAGAAGCAGACCGUGGCCAGCGAAAAGGUUGCCAACAAUAUUGGUGCCGCCACCAAGGACACCGCCGAGCAGGAGCAAAAGUUGGUUCAGCAGCAGGGCGACAGAUAUAUGACCUCCACCCAGAGACAGUCGCUGGCUAGCGAGAAGGCCGCCACUGUGUUUGGCACCGCAUCGGCCAAGGACACUGCCACUCAGGAGCAGCUCAAGACUCAGGGUGACUCAUUCCAUCGCAACACACAGACUGACUCCAAGAAGUCGACGAAUGAGCGUGCCGCCAGUCCAUAUGGCGCAGGUGAGCGACAGACCGACACUGAGGUGCACGCCGCCACCCAGGACUCGCCCAACCACCAACACAAGGAGACCAUUGAGAGAACAGCCACACGUGCCUCAAUCAAUCAUGGCGGCGUCGUCCACAAUGCCGACGAGGUGAAGGAGGUCAAUGCCGUGUCCAACCUGCACGUGUCCACACCAGCCUUUGGCGGACCGCGCGUCAUUGGCAUGCCCAGCCAAGAGCUCAUUCUCAUGAACAACGGACAAGCCAACAAUGAUUAUAUCAACACCAUGGUGUGGGGCCCAGACGGCAGAGUAUACACUCGCGACAAGUUCGACAUGAUGAUGGAGGACAAUGUGGAGGAUGCCGGACUCUUCCUGAGAUGUCGCGCAGGCGACUGUAUCAACUCGGACAAGUACCGCAGCGUGAACAUCUACCUUAAGGGAUCGAUGGAGGAAUUGUCCGGCGCGCAGGUCUCACUGGUUCAUGAGAACACCCUCAGACCAUACCCUCUGCAUCGUGUCACAAUGACUGAUUCCGAGUGGAAUUUAUUCAAACUCAACCUAGAAUCCGACGUAUCCUACAAUGGUAUUGUGUUCAGCAACCUCAAGUCCAUCGAGGAGGGCAGGUACAAAGUUGGAAAGGUCAUCUUGUCAGGAAUAUAA